UCUGAUUUGAAAUGUUCAGAUGACUGCACACCGAGCAUUCCAGUUCUGUAAGCAAUACAAACGAACUACAGAAUUUAGGCGGUUGUGUGAAAUCAUCAGGAACCACCUGGCAAAUCUUAACAAGUACCGAGACCAGAGAGACAGGCCUGAUCUUACUGCUCCAGAAAGCUUGCAGCUGUAUCUGGAUACAAGAUUUGAGCAACUGAAAGUUGCCACGGAGCUUGAACUUUGGCAGGAAGCUUUUCGUUCUAUUGAGGAUAUACAUGGUUUGAUGUGUAUGGUUAAGAAAACGCCUAAAUCCUCCUUGAUGGUUGUUUAUUAUGCCAAGCUAUCAGAAAUUUUCUGGAUAUCAUCAAACCAUCUUUAUCAUGCUUAUGCAUGGCUUAAGCUUUUCUCACUUCAGAAAAGUUUUAAUAAGAACUUAAGCCAGAAGGAUUUGCAGUUAAUAGCAUCGUCUGUUGUUUUAGCUGCACUUUCAGUGCCUCCUUAUGAUAGGUCAUAUGAUGCAUCUCAUUCGGAGCUUGAACAUGAGAAAGAGCGAAGUUUGAGGGUAGCGAGUCUUAUUGCAUUUGAUGUUGAACCCAAAACCGAGAGCAGAGAAGUGCUUUCUCGGACAUUGCUUCUCUCGGACUUGGUAAGUGAGUUGCUGAAUUGAUUUAUAACCCUUGCAAUUACUUGAUUUUAUACUUUAUAGUUUGUUGUCUCUAUGCAUCCUUGGAUUUUAACGAAAUCUCUCUCUCUCUUUGCCUUCGCCCUUUUGAUUGCAA